UUUUUCUUUUAUUUUUUUUAUCUUUAACAUGACCUCUUCUAAUACUCGCAGUAGUCGAACAAAAAAACCCACAUCUAAUAAUAUAAUUGGUGACAAGACAAAAAAUAUAAAAAAGACCAAGAAACAGUUACGCUCUAAAAGAGACAAUAGCCAUCAUAAUAGCACUAUUACUCCUGCAGCGAAUAAUGAUAACCAAUCACAGCAAGAAGUAUAUGAUUUAACAAAUAAAUAUAUUGAUCCCUCAGAACAUCCUGAUUACAGCCGUCUAAUGAACGAACUGGAGGAAUCCAAACAAAAGAAAUUAGAAAAGAUCAAAAUUUGGAGAGAUCACGAAAAGACGUCAGUACUCGACUGGUUUACAGCUCAAAAGAAGCAAGCAUGGGACGACUAUUACUUUGCUCGUAAAAGAGCAAGGGCUGUACUUAUUGAAGAAGUACAGACAAAGAUGCAGAAACUAAGACAGGAGCUUAGCCGACUGAAUAAGCAAUCAAAAACACAGAAUCAAGAGCACGACUAUCAAGACUGGGUUCCACCUGAAAGGCUGCAUACAAUUGGUUCCUUUGUAGACGGAGCAACAAACGAAGAGAUCGAAAGAGACCUUACAAUUGCUAAACACCCAUAUAACGGAAAUAAUACACCCAAUCUAGUCUAUUCAGACUAUGAAUCAAGAAGUACAACAGAUACUCCAACAGAAGAACCGGAUGUGUCCCUCUCAAGGACAGAGAACGAACCAGCAAGAAAUAACAACAGCCAAGCACCUUAUCUUUAUAGUAGUAACAGUAACAAUAGACCUAAUGACAGAAGUGACUGGUGGCCAUUUCACUCAGCUGCCACUGGUGUCAGUAGUACGACCGCCACUCCCCCCUAAACUAUAUUUUAUACCAUUUUUUCAUUGAUUUAAUAUAAAUAAAUGUACACACACAAACAUACAAACACGG